AUGAUUCAUCUUGAUCCAGAUGGAGGUUAUUGUGAAGAACCAUAGUUGAGAACUAGUAGACCCACCAAUUGGAUGCCAACCUAUAGGCCUUAAGUGGGUUUACAUGGUGAAGAGAAUUCUCAAUGAAGAUACUCUAAGGCACAAAGUAUGUCUAGUAGACAAAGGGUAUGUCCAAAAACUAGGGGUUGAUUCUAAUGAAGUUUUUGUCCCUAUUGCAAGGAUGGAGACCAUUCAAGUUGAUGACCCUAGUAUCACAAACAAGCUGGAGAUUGCAUCAUCUGGAUGUAAAGUCUGUCUUAUUGAAUGGAGAACUAGAAGAAGAAGUCUACGUGAGAUAAUCAGAUGGCUUCAUUCAAAAGGGAAAGGACCAUUUAGUCUUGAGAUUGAAGAAAGCCUUGUAUGGGCUAAGGGAAGCACCAAGGACUUAGAAUGUCAAGUUGGACAAGAAUAUUAUGUCACCUGGCUUCAAAAGAAGCUUACAAUACCAUGUAGUCUAUGUGAAAUAUUUCACUAACUAUAUCCUACUUGUAGGUGUUUAUGUUGAUGACUUAAUUGUGACAGGGUCAAAGGACCAUCACAUUAAACAAUUUAAGGGGGAGAUGAUGAAGAAAUUUGAGAUGAGUGAUCUAGGCUUACUCAACUCAUAUCUUGAUAUAGAAGUAUAUUAG